UCCCUUUUUUUGUAUGUUGGAGGACGGAGCAUUUCUAACGAGGUUGCACAGCCACAUUUUGCAAUUGUUUGCUUCAUCAUGACAGUUGUCGGGCGGUUGAUCUCCCGCCCCCAGUCGGCCCAAGUGUAACCGCAAGCUCGACGUAUGACCGACUCGAUCAAAUUCUCCUCCCUUUCUCUUCUUCCCUGUGUCCUUGAAGAGAUCCUGUGUGGAUUCAUACACUACCAGACUGCAUGCAUGGACUAUAGUCGACUCCAGUGCGUUUGGCAGAGGAAAUGAAAUUUCUCUCAACCUUGUUCGGAUAUAAAGGUUGGCAGGGCGAACAACACGCCACCAUGUCGCUCUCUCGACAAAUCUUGUUGACCGCCGGUCGUUCGCCCAAAAUGUUACUGGUCACUCUCUGGUCGAGCCUGCUGGCCUUGACAGCUCAAAGUGUUGCGCAAGAUUAUGGCACCUCGCCCCCAGUCUAUCCCAGCCCCCCAGGCACCGGGAUUGGCUGGGAAGCAGCCUUCGCUCAAGCCCAGGCAUUCGUGUCCAACCUGACACUUGAAGAGAAGACUCAAUUGGUGACUGGUAUCGAGGGUCCGUGCGUGGGCAAUAUUGGCGGAAUUCCGCGGGUCGGAUUUGACGGGCUCUGUCUCCAAGACGGUCCCCUUGCUAUCAGACAAGCGACAUAUGCCUCUGUUUUCCCUGCAGGGCUAACCGCUGCGGCGUCAUGGGACAGGUACCUCAUAUUCUUCCGGGGUCUGUUCCUGGGAGCAGAAUUCAAAGACAAGGGAAGUCAUGUUGCCCUUGGACCCGUUGUCGGCCCUCUGGGUCGCUCUGCCUAUGGUGGACGCGGUUGGGAGGGCUUCUCACCAGACCCGUACUUGACUGGUAUUGCAGCCGAGGAGACCAUUAGGGGUAUGCAGCAGAGCGGCGUCCAGGCCUGUCUCAAGCAUUACAUUGGCAACGAGCAGGAGACACAACGGAACCCACGGUUGUCUCCGUCCGGCACCACAAUAGAAGCUGUCUCUUCCAACAUUGACGAUCGGACCAUGCACGAGUUGUAUCUAUGGCCAUUCGCCAAUGGCGUCCGCGCGGGCACGGCCUCCAUCAUGUGCUCAUACAACCGAGUGAAUGGCUCCUACGGGUGUCAGAAUUCCAAGACGCUGAAUGGAUUGCUCAAAACAGAGCUGGGGUUUCAAGGCUAUGUAAUGUCGGACUGGCAAGCAACGCAUGCCGGCGUACCUGCGAUCAAGGCCGGAUUAGACAUGGACAUGCCUGGGUCUAUUGGCAGCUCGCGCGACACCUCAUUCUUUGGCGGCAACGUCACUCACGCGGUUCAAAACGGUACGCUCGACCAGGAUCGGCUCGACGAUAUGGUCAAGCGAAUCAUGACCCCGUACUUCUAUCUUCAUCAAAACGAAUACCCCCCAAUCGACGGAACAGAACCAACGCUCAACUCAGACCAUCCGCCUUAUCAACAUCCGUUUACGCUCGGAGCCUCUAACGUGGACGUUCGAAGCGGCCACGGUCAACUCAUCCGCGAUAUUGCUGCUGCGGGUACUGUACUGCUGAAGAACACGAAUGAUGUCUUGCCCCUCACAACGCCGAAAACACUAGGUGUAUUCGGCAAUGAUGCCGGAGACUUGGUGAAUGGACAGUAUUUCUUGACGUCUGCCUUCCAGACGCCCUUCGGCUACGAGUAUGGAACCCUCCCUGUUGCUGGUGGCAGUGGUGCUGGUCGACUCUCAUAUCUCGUCUCUCCCCUUGAAGCGCUCAAAGCACGCGCUGCCCUAGAUGGCACCCUUGUACAGUACAUCCUAAACAACGAUCUGGUUACUCAACCCAGUGGCCUCGGUGCGAUCAUGCCUGUCCCAGAAGUUUGCCUUGUGUUCCUCAAGUCCUGGGCAGCUGAGGGAAGUGACAGGCGCAGUCUUGAAGCAGAUUGGGACAGCACAGCCGUCGUCAGCUCUGUUGCUGCAUUCUGCAACAACACCGUGGUCAUCACGCACUCGGCCGGUCUGAACGUGAUGCCCUGGGCGAACAACCCCAACGUUACGGGCAUUCUUGCGGCACAUCUUCCUGGACAAGAAUCUGGCAACUCAAUCGUCGACAUCCUCUACGGGGCGGUCAAUCCGAGUGGCAAAUUACCUUAUACCAUCGCCUUGAAUGAGAGUGAUUACAGGUUUAGCGAUAUCACCAAUUCCACUAAACUGCUGCGGACCGAGGAUCCAAACGCAUGGCAAUCAAACUUCACCGAGGGUUUGCUGAUCGAUUACCGGCAUUUCGACUAUUAUAACAAAUCAGUCUUAUAUGAGUUCGGAUUCGGCCUGUCCUAUACUACUUUCGAUGUGUCUGAUUUGAGCGUGGACAAGCACAAUGCGACAAUCAAUCCUCUUCCGGAGGAUCUCCCUAUCGCCCCAGGUGGGAACCCUUCACUGUGGCAGAUACUCUGCACGGCGAAUUUUACGGUUGCAAACACCGGCAAUGUGACAGGUGCAGCGGUGCCGCAGCUUUACCUGUCAUUCCCAUCAGUUCCCAGCUCCAUACCCACCCCACGGAACGUACUCCGUGGCUUCGACAAAUUAUGGCUCGCACCCGACGAAUCGCAGACCGUCAGCUUUUCAUUGACAAGGCGAGAUUUGAGCUAUUGGAACGUCAAGAAGCAGGAGUGGGUGAUUCCUGGCGGGACCUUUGUCAUGAGCCUUGGAUUCAGUUCGAGGGAUCUGCGACUGAAGCAGCAUUUGGAUGUUGUAGGAUGAGAUUGCAUCUGCGUGGAGAUUCGACUUGCGAUGCAUAUUGUACGGAGCCAAGGGAUAGAAGAGAGGAUACGCAACUUCUCGGAAAUCAAGUCAGUGGGAUAGAAGCCGCGGCUUUUGCCCGUAAUUAAGCUAUCAGGGACUGUAAG